ACACGGGUGGGGGACACAACACUUCUCUGAAGGUGGCAAAUCUCUGGGAAGCUUCAGUGCAGAGUCUGCAGAUGGGACUGUAAAGGGACGGAAUACUUUUAUAAACACGCCCUGAAUUCACCGAAGAGCAAGGCGGGCUAACAGGAGCUUUGGGACCAGACUCACUUUCUGCCACAUGAGUAAAGAUUACAGUCCCUCUUCCUCAUUCAGCACUAGUGGAUUUACAUGCACUAAUUAGCCACCGGGCCUUUUGAAUCCUUACUGGCUUAACUUUGCCCCGCCCCCUUGUUGCGAGCAGUUAACUCUCUGUUGCCGGGCAGAUCAGCGCAGUGGGGAGACAUGGAGCCCAUUUACGCUACAGGGAUGGCAGCCAAGCUGCGCAGUCAGUGGGACCGGGACGAUGGCUUGGGGCAGAACCACAAAGCAGUCAAGUUUCUGGGGCAGGACUACGAGAUGCUGAAGGCGCAGUGUCUGCAGAGCAGGACGCUGUUUGAGGACAGUUACUUCCCAGCCUCUGCCUCCUCCCUGGGUUAUAAUGAGCUGGGACCACGCUCCUCCAAGACGCAUGGUGUGCGCUGGAUGAGGCCGCCGGAGAUCUGCUCGCGUCCUCAGUUCAUUGUGGAUGGAGCCACACGCACAGACAUCUGUCAAGGGGCUCUUGGUGACUGUUGGCUCUUGGCUGCUAUUGCAUCUCUCACUCUUAACGAUAACUUGCUGCACCGUGUGGUUCCACAUGGACAGAGCUUUAGCAGUGGCUACACCGGCAUCUUCCACUUCCAGUUUUGGCAGUUUGGCGAGUGGGUGGAAGUGGUUAUUGAUGACAGACUGCCGGUGAAGGAUGGGAAGCUGCUGUUUGUUCACUCAGCGGAGGGUGGGGAGUUUUGGAGCGCUCUGGUGGAGAAGGCCUAUGCCAAGCUGAAUGGCUGUUAUGAGGCUCUCUCAGGUGGCAGUACAUCAGAGGGCUUUGAGGACUUCACUGGUGGAGUGACAGAGAUGUAUGAGCUGAGGAAAGCUCCAUCUGAUCUCUACAGCAUCAUUCAGAGGGCUGUGGAGAGAGGAUCUCUGCUCGGCUGUUCUAUAGACAUCACCAGCAAAUUUGACAUGGAAGCAGUCACCUUCAAGAAACUGGUUAAAGGCCAUGCCUACUCAGUGACUGCGGUAGAUGAGGUGGUUUUCAGAGGAACCCCCACCAAGCUAGUACGUAUCAGAAACCCUUGGGGAGAGGUGGAAUGGACUGGAGGCUGGAGCGACAAUUCUAGAGAGUGGGACAGUGUGGACCCGUCCACCAGAAGCAGGUUAUACAACCGCAGUGAGGAUGGAGAGUUCUGGAUGUCUUUCAGGGAUUUCCUGCAGGAGUUCAGUAGGCUGGAGAUCUGUAAUCUGACGGCGGAUGCUCUGGAGAUGUGUCAGGUGAAGAAAUGGAGCACAUCUCUCUAUCAGGGCGAGUGGAGAAGAGGCAGCACUGCUGGAGGCUGCAGGAACUAUCCAGCUACGUUCUGGAUCAACCCUCAGUUUAAAAUCAAUCUUACAAACCCUGACAAAGUGGGCAGCUCCGACUGCAGCUUCCUGGUGGCUCUGAUGCAGAAGGACCGCAGGAAGAAACGGAAAGAAGGCAAAGACAUGGAGACCAUCGGCUUCGCCGUCUACGAGGUUCCUAGAGAGUACAUGGGUCAGUCAGGAGUGCACCUAAAGCGAGAUUUCUUCCUCACGCAUGCGUCCAGUGCGCGAUCUGAGCUGUUCAUUAACCUGAGAGAGGUCAGCUCCCGUUUCAGCCUGCCAGCCGGAGAGUACAUCGUCGUCCCCUCAACGUUUGAGCCACAGAAAGAGGCUGACUUUGUGCUCCGUGUCUUCUCGGAGAAACCUGCUGACUCACAAGAGCUGGAUGAUGAGGUCACAGCUGAUCUCCCCCCAGAGAAAAAUUUAGAUGAGAGUCAGAUUGAUGCCGGAUUUAAGAGUCUCUUUAGGCAGCUGGCUGGAGCGGACAUGGAAAUCAGUGCUACUGAGCUCCAGACCAUCCUGAACAGAAUCAUCAGCAAACACAAGGACCUGAAGACGGAUGGCUUUGGUCCAGAGGCCUGCCGCAGUAUGAUUAACCUCAUGGACACUGAUGGCAGUGGUAAACUGGGUCUCACUGAGUUCCAUGUCCUGUGGGAGAAAAUCAAACGCUAUCUGACAGUGUUCAGGCAGUUUGAUCUGGACAAAUCCGGGACUAUGAGCUCAUAUGAGAUGCGCAUGGCUCUCGAAGCAGCAGGCUAUAAGCUGACCAAUCAUUUAUUCCAGCUGAUCAUCCUGCGUUACACAGAGGAGGACCUGACUGUCGACUUUGAUAACUUUGUCACCUGCCUGGUGCGCUUGGAGACCAUGUUCAAGACAUUUAAGACGUUAGACACAGAUGCUGAUGGAUACAUAUCCCUAAACUUCAUCCAGUGGAUAUCUUUGACCAUGUUUGCAUGAACAGACGGACAUACAGAUGCCUGUAUGCCUGCACUGAGACCCCCACACCCCUCCCCCUCGUCCAGAAGUGCCUUUUUCUUACACUUUAUUUCUCAAGGUGAUGGGAUCAGUCAGGGUUUUAUUUGUCUCUCUGUAUCUGUUUGUGUGUUGGUUUAGGGACUGAUCUAAGGUUUUAAGGUUUUAAACUAUAUUGGUUCAUAGAGAACAAAAGCCAAUCCGAGGGCAUGCUAGAAUAAGCCAAAACCCUUGUUAUGAUAAAAUCAUAGCAUGUAUAGUCAUCAGUCUCAGCUAGUGUUUUUGACAAGUGCCAAUCACUCUAGACUCUAAGGGUGUUUCAUUUGUUUACAAUGUCUGCAAUGCCAAGAGACACAAUAUACCAAUCAUACUUGUCCAGUGAGACAAACAGUGACCAUUACCAUUACCUUACUGCCAGACCUAAGCCUGUUUACACUUUCUGUGCCAAAAGGAUCACUUCUACGUCUUCUCAAUCUUAAUCUACCAAUCAGUGCCAGUGCCACCGCCUGAGAUGGAGUGUGCAGCAACUAUUAGGGAUCUGAUCAGAUUUCCAACAGGAGCAGACUGAAAAAAAAUCUAUGUGAGCAGUGACACUUAAAGCACAGGUCUGUGUGGGAUUUCUGGUGCAAUUAAUUGUUUAUCUUUGGGUUUUUUUGUAUUUUAAAAAGUAUUUUUUAUAUGAAUCACAUUCAGAAUCAUUCAUACCUAAAAUUCUAGUUAAAGAAUGCAUCUUCUGAUGCUCAGUCAUUCAAGCAUGGUGACAACAAUCAUAGCAGUUUUUUCAACCAGAUCUCUUCUCUCAGUAGAUUAAAAAUGCCCCUUACAUACAGCAAUGUAUGGCAUGAUUUCUGCAUCAGGAACAGCAUGCUGGAAGCACUUAUGGCUGGAUGUAUUGAAAGUGAUUUAUUUGCAUGAAGUCAAACGCACUCUGAAAUUCUGCCUCUUCUUAUGCUGCAGUUCAUACAGAGCAUUUUCUGAUUCAUAUACAUUGCCCAAAUGUUCAGUCUGAUUAAACCUUCUUGCUUUGAUGUGUAUUGUGAAACGCAAAUGGCGAAGACAAAAUUAUAACAGAUUCAACUGUGGAUGCAGAGAUACAUUAGAUUAAACGGAAACAGAUGACACAGUGUAUUCUUGCCAGAUGGCUGCAGUAUAAGAGAUUUGCAGAUAUGUAAUCAUUUUUGUUCUUUCCGUGACCGUGCCUGUAGGGUCACGUGUUCUCUAUGCCUUUUAAAUACUCUGAUCAAAAGGUACUUUCUG